AUGUGCUCACACAGUCAAAACCAGAAGCACUACCCUGAACUUAACCAUGGAUCCGGGGCGAAAUGGAUCAAGGGUUUGACUCAAAACCGACUGUCCACUUUCCUUGGGGGUCACUUCCAAGAUGUCAACCUGUCUUCUGUUCUCUAUACUCAUCGCAUCGAUGGUUCGCAUCACGUAGAUCUCCAAGUUUGGAGCGCACCAGGCCUUACAAAGCCCUCAUUUCGAGAGGCAAUGAAACAAGAGUUCAAACCAGCAAAGAAGGGUGAUUCAUUUGGGCCAUCUUGGACAAACCACUGGUGGAAGGUCACUCUCAAGAUUCCUUCCUAUUGGCAACAGUAUGAGCGUGUACAAUUUGAGUUUGAUCCUGGCUGCGAAGCUAUGAUAUUCUCCACGGAUGGUGUCCCGCUCCAAGGAAUUACUGGUGGAUACGUUGGAGAGCGCAGAGUUGAAUAUAUCAUUCCGCCUCAAGCUGUUCGUAACGGCCACUAUUCUGUGGUCGUCGAGUCCAGCUGCAACGGCAUGUUUGGCGUGCCAUGGGAUGGCGACACCAUCGCGCCUCCAGAUAUGAACAGGUAUUUUCAGCUUGCAUCCGCAGACUUAGUUGUCCCAAACCAAGAUGCUUGGCAUCUGAUGUGGGACUUCACCACUCUUCGCGAGAUCGUGGACACUGUCCCUGGCAACACUGCCCUUCAAAACAAGGCACUCGUCACAGCUAAUAAAAUUAUGAAUGCAUUUAAAUCUGGAGACCCUGAGAACGUAAAAUGUAUGCGUGGAAUUGCUGAGGACGUAUUCGGAAAAGGCUGGCAUGCAAAAGGCGACAAGAUAUACAACGAAGGCCCUCGAAAGGCCCAGAUUGUCGGGAUUUCAUACUGCCAUAUCGAUACAGCAUGGUUGUGGCCUUAUUCGGUCACUCAGCAGAAGACGGCGAGGUCCUGGUCCACCCAGAUCGAUUUGAUGGAACGCUACCCAGAACAUAGAUUUGUCUGUUCUCAAGCCCAACAAUUCAAAUGGCUUGAGGAGCAAUAUCCUACGCUUUUUGAACGUAUCAAGAAGAAAGUGGCGUCUGGCCAAUUCCAUCUCACUGGUGGUUCGUGGGUUGAGAACGACGGAAAUAUGCCCUCAGGUGAAGCCCUCGUCCGGCAAUUCCUAUACGGUCAACGCUACUUCGAAUCACGUUUUGGAAAGCGUUGUGAGACUGCUUGGCUCCCGGACUCUUUCGGGCUCACUGCGGCCUAUCCGCAGCUGAUCAGGGAUGCAGGCAUGAAGUACUUCUUCACACAGAAGUUGAGCUGGAAUAACAUGUUGGAAAGAAAUGUGUUCCCGCAUUCCACCUUCAAUUGGGUUGGCAUCGAUGGCUCACAAGUACUUUGUCAUAUGACACCCGUCGAUACUUACACUGCACAAGCAACAGUCGGUGACGUCAACAAGGGGAUCACAAAUCAUAAGAACCUUGAGUCAAGCGCUAGUGCCCUUCUGGUCUUUGGAAAUGGAGAUGGAGGAGGAGGAGCAUUGCCCAAGAUGCUAGAGAAUCUCCGUCGCAUUCGCGCGACUACUAAUGAACACAGAGAACUUCCAUCCGUCAGUAUGGGAAGUUCCGUGGAGGAGUUUUUCGAGGACAUUGAGGAAGAUUCUAAGCAGGGCAAAACACUGCCAGUUUGGAAAGGGGAAUUGUACCUUGAAUUCCAUAGGGGGACCUAUACCUCGCAUGGUUCCAUCAAGAAAGGUAACAGGAAGUGCGAGAUACUUCUGAGGGACGUGGAGCGCGUAGCUACCCUAACUUCGCUCCUCAAGCCCGAGAGACAUUCGUAUGUAUAUCCGAAGCGGGCUAUUGAUGAUUGUUGGGAGAAAGUGUUACUCAAUCAGUUCUUGCCUGGAUCUGCAAUCGGUAUGGUCUAUGAUGACGCAGAUAAGUUAUACGCCGAAGUUCGCGAAGUAUGCACUGGUCUUCUCGAGGAUGCAUUCAGUGUUCUCCUCCCACGAUCGUCACCCCUCCUGUCAAACUCGACAACGGAAACACUGGUUGCGUUUAAUGCUACGUCAUUUGCACGCCACGAUGUUAUCAAGGUUCCUUUAUCCAGAGAUGCUGCUCGCAUGAAAGCGCAAGUUAUUCAAACGUCCGCAGAUGGCAAGCACGGAUAUGCUCUAAUGCACUCGGUGGGAAACAAGAUACUGAAUGUCCUUAUAGUGUUUACCAAUGGAACGGACCACUUCCUUACCAUCUCAGGGGGACGAAUCACCAGCCUGAUUGACGUGAAGCUUGGUCGUGAGCUUAUUCCCAAAGGAAGCUCCGGUGGAUUGGUUAUUUUCGAAGAUCGUCCAAAUUACUGGGAUGCCUGGGAUGUGGAAAUCCACCACCUUGAAACUUCUACUCCGCUUUCGUUCUCUCAAGUUCGGGUUAUUGCUGAAGGGCCCCUUAGGGCCGCUGUUCAGACACAGGUUAAGUACGGGAAAAGUACAAUUGAUGUUACGAUCUCCCUUGAUGCUAUCACCGCGACGAUGAAAGGAAAUUCCCGCUCUUUUUUCAAUUUCGAUGCCGUGGUCGACUGGCGUGAGAGACACCAGUUCCUUAAAUUUGAACUACCACUCGAUAUCAACAACACGUAUGCGACUUAUGAGUCACAGUUUGGUUUUGUUCAGCGGCCGACGCACAAGAACACGACGGUGGAUGCUGCCAAAUUUGAGGUCUGCGGGCACAAGUUCGCAGAUCUUAGUGAAUAUGGAUAUGGCGUCGCUUUCCUCUCGGAAUCUAAGUAUGGCUUUUCAUGUGAAGGCAACAUCCUUCGUAUCUCCCUGCUCAGAGCGGCCACGGCCCCUGAUCCAGAGCAGGACCAAGGCAGGCACGAGUUCUCAUGGGCAGUCAUGCCCCACGUAGGCUCUUUCCUCGAAUCCGACGUUCCGAUAGCCGCCUUUAUUUAUAAUUCGCCCUUGCACGGUCAGUUAGGGUUCUCUGACAACGCGGGCCACGUCGCCCCACCUCUCCCGUUCUGGCUUGAGGGCGCACCAAAUGUCUUUUUGGAGACCAUCAAGAGAGGAGAAGACGACUUCGAGCCAAAUGCUUCCAGCACAACCAUCAUCUUGCGCAUGUACGAAGCGUUUGGUGGGCAUGGUUCUGCCAAGUUAUACAUUGGAAAAAACGUUCCUGUGAAGCGCGCGUAUGUCACGAACAUCCUGGAGGACACUAAAGGAGAACUUGGUCUGAUUUCCACGACGGGAGUGCAUAGCACGCUUAAGCUCGAAUUCAGAAGUUUCGAAGUGAAAACCGUGAAGUUGGUACUGGAAACCGAGAAGUUUGACAUUCUAGACAUCUCGUCUACGACAUCUUCGAAGAGAAGUAGCUGGGUCACUAUCGAUGAGGAAUUGUAA